GCUGCCUCGGUAAGAAUCGAUGCGUCUGUUGGUACUGGGCUGGGCUGUACGGAAUAACGGAAAUAAAUUAGGUUAUGUUUCUGGUUUUGAUAUUUUGGUACUGAUUCCAAAAUCAUCUACCUUGUUGUGCUCAUUUGAUAACAUUUUAAUUUAAGGUAAGUUUUUCUACGAUUGUUUCUACUCAUGAAUCUGAAAAAAAUAAUUAAUGUAUUAUUUAUAUAGCCACAUUUUACUAAGUUAGAUCUUGGCUACUUCAAAAUUUCUUGGCAACUGCUUGUAUGUGCCUGCUCACAUUGAACUUGUAUUUUUACAUUUUGCUGUACACCAGUCUGAUUUUGGAUAUCUAUUAUUAGAAAUGGUUUUGGAAGGGAUCAUUCAAAUCUGAAACUACUCUACUGAGUUCGGGUCGGCGGUUUAUUGUAUCACCUUCUUUUAUUGCCUCUUUUUGAUUUUCCUUUGUAAUAAUUAGUAUGUCAACAAAAGAUAAGGUUACACUAUUUUACAAAGCUGGCUAUGAUGAUAAAUGUUUUGGUGCUUGUUAUCAAAGCCAGCGAGUGCUGAUAUUAUCAGAAUUAAAAUUUUCAAAACACUUGAUGCCGGAGUUUACUUGUAUACCAGUAAAUAUUUCGAGGCCGCCAGAUAGUUUUCAAAGGUUGGGUUUGAGGCUCCGUGUACCUGCUCUUCAUAUUCAAAACGAAUUGGACGAUAAAAUCGAGCCAAUCGAUGUAGCUGAUGAUAUUGUUUCGAAUUUGCAAUCUCGUUUUCCUGGAGGAGUAAUUAGCAAUCACUGGGAAGCGCAAGCGGAAAAUGUUACAAGUAAUUUCUUCUCAAAAUUCUGCUACCUAAUUAGAGGCAUUGCUAAGGAUAGCCAACAUCUCGAGCAAGAACUGUCCCUCAUUGACGAGCAUUUGUCGAAUGUAGCGUCGGAGUCAGAUGACGACACAGGCUUGCUGUUUCUGUGCGGAAAUCAGAUGUCUCUCAUAGAUUGCGAAGUACUGCCAAAAUUGCAUCAGGUCAGGGUGGCAGCUGCAUCUCUCAAAGGUAAAUUAUUCACUUUUUCAAAACUCCUUUAGAAACUUACCUACUUUACUUCCUAUUUUUUAUUUGUUCGGUCCUCCGAACGGUCCUAAGUCCGAGGAGUCGUCAUGAAUCCUAGAUUCAGACUUGGAAAAUAAAUCGCCUUUUAAAGGGACUCAUUCCCUAUCUGGAGGUAAACAAAUUUCUAAACAAUAGACAA